AUUAAACGAUUCAAUUGGUACGCCGAACCACGCCGAAAAAAAAGCUUUCCUUCCAUGGACGCCGGCGACAGCGACGGCGAAAACCUUGUCACGUGUGAGAACAAGAGCACGCCGGUGACGGCACAGUACACGCCGACGAGCAUUCUUUCCGAUGAGGAAGGCUUGCUCUCCACUGGGCUCCUCGAGGGUUUACCCUUCUCGUUCAAGUGCAAUGGGGUGGAGUCGCAGGGGUUUAUUAAAGGUUUUGGAUUUCGUUUCAGUUGCUCUUCGUUGGAUUAUACCAAGAUAAUAUCUGCUCUCAAGUAUUUGAAGAAUGCAGAUGGGAUUUCGAAUCAUGUAUUUUUGGAAAACGGGGUAACUAUUUAUACAAUAGUGAAUAGAUUGAAAGGCACAAAUCUUGGAUCUCUCGAUGAAGCUAUUAAAGAAGUUUUUCACUGCCCACCCAAUAUGGAACAAUUUCAAAAGUGGAAAGCAUUGUUUGUGCCAAAUGGACAUGUCGAAAUUAUCGGUUCAAUUGCAGAUGAGACUAGUAUCGAGGAGCAGGCAUCAGGACCGGUGAAAGAGAUUGAUGAUAUUACUUUAAAAUCAGCAGAAGAUUCACCUUGUUGCUCUAAUUUGACAAAGUUGCAGAGGCCUGAUGAAUAUUUUCUCAUGCAAUAUGAUCUAGAUAAGCUUAUCUCGAAUGAGAAGCAAGGAGUCAAAUAUGGUGUCGAGUUGGUUUCAGAUAAUGAAGCGCAAAAACAUCACAAAGCGAUGGAAUGUGGAGUAAAUGCAGAAGGGAAGAAGAACUUCUCUGAAACCCCUGAUAAAAAACAACAAAGAAAAGUUGAAAAACUUACAGAAAAUAGCCGCAUUUUUAAUGUCAGAAGCUUGCUGUCAACUGGAAUCCUAGAUGGAUUAUCUGUAACUUAUAAAAAGGGCGAGGCAAGGCUUCAUGGAAUUAUAAGCGAUCUUGGGUACCGUUGUGGUUGCUCCUCAUGUAACUAUAACAAUGUGAUUUCUGCUCUUGAAUUUGAAAAGCAUGCAGAUACGACUUCAAAAAAUCAAAAUAAUUACAUCUUUUUGGAGUGUGGUAUAACUAUCUAUCGGUUAGUGAAAAUCUUGAAGGAAAGACAUAUUCAACUUGGGUCACUUCCUAAAGUGUUAAUGGAGUUUCAGAUCCAACCUUCUAUAGAACACUUCGAAAAAUGGAAAGGUAACUCAGGAUCAUUCUCUGUGGAUAUCAAUCAAAAACAAAUCAGCAAAGAUGUGGAUGAAAUUGAACCUAAUGCCCUGAAAAUUCAAAUUACAGAUAACUCAGUUCUACAGGCCCUGGGGCAAGAAGCAGGAAGCGACACAAAGUCAGCCUUAUUUUUAGAUAAUAUGAAAAGCUCCACAAGCUUCACAAGACAUGUAGACGAAUGUCACCCUUCUGUUGCUUCAAGUGUUACCUUGAGUUCUAAGCGAUUUGGAUCAUCUAUAGAGUUCAAUUCUCAUGCAUCGCCAAAUAUCACUGGAAUUCCUGAAUCAAGACAAGUAGAAGAAUGCCAUCCUUCCCUUGCUUCAAGUGUUACUAUGAGUUCUAAGCCAUUUGGAUCAUCUACAGAGUUCAAUUCUCAUUCAUCGUCAAAUAUCAAUGGGAUUCCUGAAUCAAGAAAAGUAGAAGAAUGUUUUCCUUCCCUAGCUUCAAAUGUUUCUUUGAGUUCUAAGCCAAUUGGAUCAUCGAUAGUGUGCAAUUCUCAUGCAUCCCCAGAUAUCACUGGGAUUCCUGGAUCUUUGCAAUUAAAUACAGAAAGAAAUACUGAUCCAACUCUGAGUUUCAGAAUGAAGCCCAACUCAAUGUCUGUCAUGAAAGGAGGUCCUUGCAUUGUUUCAAGUUCAACUUUUAGUACUGAUGUGAAUUUAGAUCUCCCAGAACUUGAAUCAUCACUUAAACACUUACAGAGCUUAAGCAUCUUGGAUGGUCUGUCACAGUUGACAAAAAGGGUGCGAAGAUCGUCAGGGGUAUCUAAUGCAUCAAAAUCUAAUAGCAACCAGUUGAAACAUAAGGUGACUUCUCGAAGUGGUUCCAAGAAAAGGGAUAAUAGCUUUCACCAAUUGAUUUUCAAUGAUGAUGGUCUUCAAGAUGGAUCUAGAUUGUCUUACUGUAUAAAAGGAAAGACAAUCAAGACUGGUCGUAAAGAAGCGAAUUGUAUCAUGUGCGAUUGCUGUCACAAGAAGAUGAGCCCUUCACAGUUUGAAGCCCAUGCUGGGUUCCAUCAAAGGCGCCAACCAUACCGCAACAUUUAUACUUCUGAUGGGAUAACACUCCAUGACUUGUCGAGUGCUCUGUUUAAUGAUCAGAACUUGAUAGCAAGUUCCAACAAAUUAUUAUGUGCUACUUGCAGAACUGGAGGGAACCUGGUUUGCUGUGAUGGUUGCACCAAAUACUUCCACCCAGCUUGCUUGGAGUUACAAAUUGUUCCCGGUGGUGAGUGUUACUGUCCACAUUGUAUGGAUCUCAGGUCUAGACCUCAUGCAAUAAAUGGUCGCUCAAGACUUCGCUUAAUCACUGAAACAGAUGAAUUUCUUUGUUGCACCCUUUGCAAGGAUGGCUCUUUCAUUCUCAAUGUUUUUGGUCCAAAAACAAUUAUUUUCUGUACACAAUGUGAAAGGGAAUACCAUAUUGGUUGUUUAAAGGAUCAUGGAGUUUGCAACCUAAAGGAAGUCCCAUUGGAUUGCACGUGGUUCUGUUCUAUAGAAUGUGAAUCCAUUCAUUCUAGUCUGCGAAGCUUAGUCGAUGACGGUGAAAAGUCUUUUCCAGAUUGGCUCUGCAGUUCGUUAAAAACUUCUGGGUGUGAUUUGACUGAUGUCCUUGAAGUUGGUAUCUACUGGCAACUUUUGAGUGGUAACUAUGUUAGUGACAAAUUGAAGCUUGAUAAGACCAUUGAAGUUUUCAAAGAAGUAUAUUAUCCUAUCGUUGGAGGAGGCAUUGAUUUCCUAACCUCUAUGGUUUAUGGUGAAGAUGCAGCAGGCAAAUUGCUUGGUGGAGUAUAUUGUGCAAUCAUUGCUGUAAAGUCGGUCAUUUUAUCAGCUGCAAUCUUUAGGGUUUUUGGUCGGCAUGUUGCAGAAAUCUCUUUGGUGGCUACCCGUGAAAAAUACCGAGGAAAGGAUUACUUUCUUUUCUCACUAGUCGAGCGAAUGUUGUCAAGCUUGGAAGUCGAGUGCAUCAUAGUUCCCACUACCAAAGAUAUGCUCUCAUUAUGGACAGAGAAGCUUGGGUUUUCAGAAAUGCCUGAGGAAAAGUUGAAGGCAUAUUUGAUGGAGUAUCCACUGAUGAUGUUUGAGUCGACCACUAUUCUGGAGAAGGCGAUUGUCAGGAAGCUGAUCGUGCCAAGUCAACAAGAAGCCAUGGAAGUGACCAGUCAAUUGGAGGAAGCUACUUUAGCAAAAUGGGGGCAUGGUCCUAAAGAAAUGGAGAUAGAUGAGGUCUGCCCAAUGGAGGAGGAGGAAACUACAUCCGCAGAAGGGAAUCAUGUGCCAGAAAUCGAUACGACUGAGGUUGAUGCCAUGGAGCUCAUACUGCCAAGUCAGCAGGAGGCCACAUCAGCAGCAGGAGAAGUUGAGGUACAACUGGCAGAAAUAAGUCAACAGGAUAAAGUUACAACAGCACAACGGGAUCAUGCUCCUCAAGGAAUCGAGAGACACGAGGUCUACACAACGGAGCUCAUAGUGCUAGGUCAAUUGGAGGCCAUGUCAGCAGCAAGACGGCAUGCACCCGAAGAAAUUGAAGUACAAAUGGUUUAUCCUGAGGAGGCCAGAGCGCCAAGCCAACAUGAGGCCACAUCAACAAAACGAGAGGGCGCGUCUGAAGAAAUCGAGGCACGACAAGUUUGUCACAUAGAGAUAGAGUCCAUCAUGCCAAAUCAUCAGACUGAAGAAAUGAUGGCACAAGAUCUCAAUCCCAAAGACUCCAUGGCACCAAGUCAGCAGGAGGCCAUGUCAGCUGAAGAGCAGAAACUUGUGCCUAUAGUGCCAAGUCAACAAGAGGCCACAUCAGCAAAGGUCAAGGCACAACAAGUCUAUCGAAGGGGAGAGCGCAUAGUCCCAAGUCAGCACGAGUCCACAUCAGCGGAAGAAGCGAAGCAUCCAACUAAGGAAAUCAAGGUAGACAAGGUCUAUCAAAGGGGUUUAUGCAGGAAGUGGAGAGGAGCCAGUUCUCCUGAUUCUUAGCUCAGAUUUGUCUCUUAUUUCAGAGUGAAUAUCUGUUUGUCUGUGCAUUUUGUUCCAUGAUUUAGAUCUCAUUUUGUGUUUAUCCACAUUUUGCUAUAGUGAAAAAUACUUGUAAGAAUUUUAUGAUCAUUGGAAUAUUCUACCUGAAAUUCUCCAAUUUUUUUUUA